UGCACAAGAUUUAACCAUUCAACAUUCACUCACUUGGUCACAAGGUUGCUGUUCAUGUUAAUUUUACGACGAUUUAAUUUAAAGUUCUGACAUUUUACCGCGGCAGAGAUAAUUUGUAUUGUCUUUAUAAAGUGCUUUUAAAAAGAGCCAAAGAACACGUGACGCCAGGACAGCUGUCCCUUUUCACUGUGCCAGAUGAUGUAAUCACUAAAUUAUAAUGACACACACUGUCAACUAAUGGGCAUGAUAUGAUAGAAACAGGAACUUAUGCACUGUCCAGUGUUCACACAACUAGGAUCUACGGUAGAGCUAACUUUGCACAGUAGGAGAAGCAGCUAAACAUCUAAAGUGGGACGUGCAUUUUUACUAUAUAGAGACUGACUUAUAACACUAAGAUGACCACCCCAAACGCAUUUGUCAACCCAGCAUAUGAAAAAUCUUCUGAAGACGACAAUUUUCCAGAUAAACCUGCAGAUAUAAUUCAAAAGCCGGAAAUUCAGCUAGAUAUCGAGGAAGCAAAAAGUUCAGAGCCAAAAAGUAUCCUCAAGAUAUUAGCACUAACAGGCUCCACAUUGGCAUUCAUCCUAACUGGAGGCAUCUUCUACAAUAGUGGUGUCCUCUAUGUGACAUUUUUGGAACAUUUCGGAGCUGACAGAGGAGUUACCGCUUGGGCUGGAUCUGUUCAGUUGGCAAUGGUGUUCGGAGCAGGACCUGGUGCCGCAGCAUUGGCCAAUCGCUUCAGUUGCUAUGUGGCGGUCAUUUCAGGUGGACUGCUUGCUACUCUCGGGCUCAUCAUCAGCUCAUUUGCUACCGAUAUAUAUUUCCUCAUUAGCAGCUACGGGUUCAUGACAGGUAUUGGUCUGGGACUGGUUUAUGCCCCAGCUGUUAUGCUGAUGGGCAAAGUAUUCACUACAAGAAAGGGACUAGCAAUAGGAAUUGUGGUCUCGGGUAUGAGUAGCGGCUGGUUGUCCUAUCCCUUCAUCAUGAGAAUUCUCUUAGAUAAUUACGGUUGGCAAAUAUGCUUACGUGUUCUGGCAGCCAUGACUUUUGUUAUCUGCAUCUGUGGUGUGUGCAUGAUACCGGCCGAAAGAAAAACACCCCCCAAUACGAAACGCGGUCUGAACGUAAAAAUUAUUCGAAAUCCCAGCUUCCUCCUCUUAUGUGUUGCCAUGAUGGCAUACUUAUUUGGACUCUCAGUUGUGUCUGUCCAUGUCCCAGCUUUGGGAGAAACGUUAGGGUUUUCAGUUCAACAGGGAUCGAUGUUAGCCACAAUUAUGGGAGCAACGUCUCUUUUGGGACGCAUCUUUUUCGGCGCCAUUGCAGACGUGAAGAAGUGUAACAUUUUGGUGGCGAAUGCAAUAGCAGCUACGUGUACAGGGAUUCCUAUAAUGCUGUAUAUAACGUCUAAUUCUUAUGCAAUGUUGGCAUCUUUUGUUGGGACCUAUGGGUUUUUCAGUGCAUCUUUUCCGACGUACGUGCCUCUCUUGGUAUUAGAGUUUGUUGGCAUUGACAAGAUGGUGUCUGGAAAAGGAAUUGCCAUGUUUUUUGGAAUGUUUGGAGUUCUCUUGGGGGGACCAACAGCAGGGUGGCUUUUUGACGCAACGCAAAGCUAUGGUCCGUCUUUCUACUUUGGUGGGUCCAUGACCCUUCUGGGGGCUGUCUUUUCAGUAGUUCUUUGGAUUGUUCGAGCUUGUUGCACAAAUACUAAUACGGACGCAGAAAAACAAGAAGAGGGUCACAGAGAUGAAAUAAACUGAAUAAAAAUUUGAUGCAAAACACAAUAAAGACAAAAGUGGACGUGAAAAAUGUUUUCAAAGGCUGAGCUUAGUUUACAUUUCGCAUAGCAAAAUUCACACAUCUAAAAAGAAUGAACAUUUGCAUGUGUUUAGAUGAGCUAAAAACAACAAGAAUACAGAAACAAUGGGUAGACAAGAAAUGUGCUGACAUUGAACAAAACAAAAUGGAAGUAUCACAAUUUCUGGGAAGAUUGUUUAAUUAUUCAGUGCUGCAUGUCCGUCUACUAAAGAAUGAGAAUAUAUGGAGACAUGAAGUUCAAAAUGAUUCCGUGCUAGAUAAGAACUUAUAUAUUUACGCGUUUAAAAUUAUAAUAAUGAAAAAAUGAUAAUAUUAUUUCUUGAACAAGUUUUUAAUAGUAAUAGUUAGAAUAAGUUUUCUUUGUCAUUGCAUUGCCUUAAUGAGAAUAAAUGUUUUUUUUAACUCGUA